AUUCGUUUGUAAAAUGGCUUAUGUCAAAUAAUUUCAUUAAUUUUUCCAUGAAUUUCACCUUUUAUGCAUGAAGGGGUCAGUUCGAAGUAUGUAAGCUCUGAUGUGAAUGAUACAAGUGGUACAAGUAGCAAAGGCUCAUCAGUUCGAAUACCUUCAACUCCUCGAAGUGAGGAUGAGAUCAUACACUCUGCCAAUUUGAAGAAUUUUAGUUUUGCUGAGCUGAAAAUGGCCACAAGGAGUUUCCGUCCAGAUAGCAUGCUAGGAGAAGGUGGCUUUGGUUCUGUUUUUAAAGGCUGGAUUGAUGAGCAUUCACUCACUGCUUCCAAACCCGGUAAUGGCAUGGUCAUUGCUGUGAAAAGACUGAACCCAGAAAGUUUUCAAGGUCAUCAGGAAUGGUUGGCAGAAGUGAAACAUCUGGGGCAGCUUCAUCAUCCUCAUCUUGUGAAAUUAAUUGGGUUUUGCUUGGAGGAUGAACAUCGGCUUUUGGUGUAUGAAUACAUGCCUAGAGGGAGCUUGGAGAAUCAUUUAUUCAGGAGAGGUUCUUACUUCCAACCUCUUUCUUGGAGCCUUCGCCUGAAGGUUGCUCUUGGUGCUGCAAAGGGGCUUGCCUUUCUACAUGGUGCUGAAACAAAAGUGAUAUAUCGGGACCUCAAGGCUUCCAAUGUUCUGCUUGAUUCUAACUACAAUGCAAAACUUUCUGAUUUUGGAUUGGCCAAGGAUGGGCCAACAGGUGACAAAAGUCAUGUCUCUACCAGAGUUAUGGGGACCUAUGGAUAUGCUGCUCCAGAGUAUCUAGCCACAGGGCAUUUGACAGCCAAGAGUGAUGUCUAUAGUUUUGGAGUUGUGCUGCUAGAAAUGUUAUCUGGCCGCAGGGCAAUUGACAAGAAUCGGCCAUCUGGAGAACACAAUCUGGUGGAAUGGGCCAGGCCUUACCUUGCCAACAAACGUAAAAUAUUUCGUGUCCUAGACAAUCGCCUUGAAAGCCAGUACACAAUGGAGGUAGCCUUUAAGGCAGCUACCCUCGCAAUGCGAUGUCUGUCCUCAGAUGCUAAGUUCAGGCCAAGCAUGGAUGAGGUUGUAGCGGAAUUGGAGCAACUACAGGAUUCUAAUGCUCCAGAAAGCACUCAGAGCAAUGCAAGAGAGAAACACAGGAGUCGUAGACACAGUACAGGUGAUACUAGCACUAGACCGACUACUGCUGCAUAUCCUCGGCCCUCUGCUUCCGCACUGUAUGCUUGAGAACAGAAAUAGAAGACUUGACAAAAGCUGCUUUUUUUUGCUUCCCCAGUAUAUUGAUGUGGUUUUGCAACAAUCUCUGUUACUCAGGCACUCAAUUUUCCAAGCCCUGCUCCUGUACAGUCCUUGUUUCAGCUAAUGUAUUCAAAAUCAAACCCUUCUUCUCUUGACAGAAUCUCAAGUUCAGCCUGUAACAAUUGGAAGGCAGAAGAAAAUGCUGUAUUUCUAUUGUGAUGGGACCAAAAUGCAGCAAACACUCUAAACCAACUUGGAGAAUAGUACUAUUAAUCUAAGUGCUUCUGUGUUCAACGGUUGCAUCUUCCCUGUUGCUUGCUGUUAUACAAAAUUGUUUCAUUUUUAGAUUAGCUGUCAGUUUUCCUCAACGUGUACUGAUUGUUGUUAGGGGUGUGCACAGUUAGGUUUCAGAUAUAAUCAAAACUGAAUUAUGGG